CUGAUCCCCGUUUGUGGUAAAUCUUGCCUGGAUGGUAAGACAGAAGGCAGAAAAAUUCAGAAAUUUGAUUGUGACUCAAAAAAUUGACAGUUCUAGGGACAAAACCAUGGUAAACCCAAGAAAGAUGAGGUCUCAUUCAACUCCAGUGGACCGCGGCGACGGCGACUUUCCCAAGCAACCAUCCUCUCGUCCGGCGGAGUUUUCCGACGUUGGUAGUCACUGCAACAAUCCGUCGACAUUUCAUGAGUCGGACGGAAGCGAGUGGGGACUCUGCAACGAGCAACAAUUGGAGGGAAUGCUCCUGAGGAACUUGGACUUCCUUUACAAUGAAGCCAUCCGUCGGAUCGUGUUGUCAGGGUUCGAUGAAGAAAUCGUGAUGAAGGCUGUGUUGAGGAAUGGGCAUUGUUAUGGGAACGGUGACUUACUAUCGAACAUCAUUCACAAUUCAUUGGCAUGCCUCAAUGGAAAUCGUAAGGAUUUCGACGAGUCUGGCACAGUUUUUCGAGAUCUGAAGCAACUUGAGCAAUACUCCUUGGCCGGAAUAAUCUGCUUGCUUCAACAAGUUAGGCCCCAACUGACCAGAGGAGAUGCAAUGUGGUGCCUCCUCAUGAGUGAUUUGCAUGUUGGUAGGGCGAGUUCUUUUGAUUUCUCUAUUCCUUCAUCUGAAAAAAGUGGAGAAACCGGUGAUUGUGAUUUAGGAGCAAGGAAUUGGGCUGAAUCACCGGUAGGCAUCUCAGUUCCAACGCCCAUUCGUCCUUCUCCGUCAAACUUGUUGUCUGCAACUGAAGUUCCCCAGUUUUGUGAUACAUAUAGUAGAUUAGGACUUGGAAGUGAGGAUUCGGCUGUCAAUGGAUUUUUGAACAAUGCAACUGCAAACGGCUUAAAUUUUGGCGUUGGUCAAUCUUCGAACAGCUUCAACAUGUCGAAUUCUACGAGAACAAUGAAAGGAAAUGCAGCUUCUUUGUUCUCUUCUUCCUUUUCAGAAGUGCCCAGAGCAAGGGAAAAAUACACUCCUCUGAGUUGUUCAGUGGGUUGCUCUCACCAUUCACUCACAUUAUGCAGGCAACACAGGUGUAGAACUGGAGUAUGGGGACUGCCACAGUGCUCUAAUUUAAUGAAACACUACCCUAGUCUCGUCUAUGAGAAUGCUUACACAACUCACAUGAUGAAUGCUGGUGCAGGCACUACAUUGCCUUCUGAAAGUGAAUCUGAAUCUCGAAUUUCACAUCAAUAUUGUGGAAAACAAAGGGUUACUGGUAAUGCUGAUGUAAGUUCCAUAGUGGGUAACCUGGAAAAUUUACAACUAGAUGAAAAACAUGAUGCGGUGGUCGAACAGAGGGAUGAAAUGGUCUCAAAAUUGACACAACAAAUUGAGGUGUUGGAGAAGCAGUUGCAGGAGAGAAUUGAGUGGGCUCAGCAAAAAGCACUGCAAGCUGCUAAAAAGCUCAGCAAUGAUCUGAAUGAGCUUAAAACCUUGAGAAUGGAAAGAGAUGAUACUUUACGUGAAAAGAAUAAGCAGCCGACGGAGAGCGCCGCCAUGAGCGAUCUCUUUAAGUUGGAAGAUGCCCUGAAGAAGAAGAUGACUGAAGUGGACCAUGCCAAUGCGGUAGUGAAACAUCUUGAAACAGAGAAUGCAGAAAUCAGGGCCGAGAUGGUUGCCGCAAAACUAAGUGCAAAUGAGUCAGUUAGAAAAGGUUUGGUAGUUGGGAAACGAGAGAAAAAGUGCCAAAAGAAAAUUCUAGCAUGGGAAAAGCAGAAUGACAAGUUGCAGGAGCAGGUGAUUGAGGAAAAGCAGAAGAACAAUCAAUUGCAACAACAGUUGCACCUCAUUAAAGAGACACACAAAGAAACUGAGCUGAAAUGGAAGCAUGCAAUGAGGGCAAAGGAGCUAGCCAACUCACAAGUAGAGAAGGAAAGGAGAGCCAAGGAAGCAGCUGAAGCUAACAGUGCAAGACGGCAGGAGGCCUUAUGCCGCAAGAUUGAAAUAGAUUUUCAACGAUACAAAGAUGAUGUGCAGAGGCUUGAAGACGACCUUUCACGCUUGAGAACAUCAUCAAGAUCCUCUGAUCAGCUAAAAAGCUCAUCAAACUUGCCGUACUCCACACACGACGCAGACGUGACAAAGACAUCGAGAGGAUCAGUUGCUAAGGCCACUGUUGAAUAUUUGAAAAAUUUUCAGGAAUCAUCUCUUAAAGAGAUCAAGUGUGACAGGGAAUGCUUGAUCUGCAUGAAGGAAGAGGUGUCAGUAGUCGUUCUGCCUUGCGCUCAUCAGGUUCUUUGUGUUGGUUGCAACGAGGCCCAUGAAAAGCUGUCCGAGAAGAACUGCCCUUGUUGCAAUACCGAGAUAAAACAAAGGAUUCGUGUCUUUGGUGUCAUCUCUUAGAGGAGGUGGUAUGUCGCCUAAUUUAAAGAGCAAAGCAGAUACUUCUCUAUAAUUUUCACAGUAUGAUGCCGAACUGAAUAUAGAUAUUCUGGGGUUUCCUUUCACCUUUUAUUCAGAGAGACUGAUGGGAUCAAUACUCGCGGCCGACCAUUUAGAAGAAUUGUUGGUGCUCAUGCCAGC